GUUGAGGGUGCAGUGAGCUGUGAUCGCACCACCACAGCCCAGCUUGGGUGACACAGUGAGACGCUGUCUCAAAAAAACUUACAGAAAAAUGUAGAAAAAAUUGUUCCCUUUCAUUUUCCAGAGGGCAGAGGACUUUCAGCCCCUGCUUUUUGAGCAUCGGGCGGAGUUUCAGACCUCAGGAUGGCCUCUCCAGUCUGCAGGUCCCAGCGGCCUCAGGCCACACUCCCAGGAUCCCCAGGGACUGGCCUAGGACUAUUGGUGGUGGCGGUGGUUCUGGCUACGGGGAGGGAGGCGGGGCAGUGGGGCAGGCGUGGGGUCUGCUGUGCCGGGCGUGUAGGGUGUGUGUCAGACUUUGGAUCUGGCCUGCAGGAUCAGGCCGUGGUGUCUGGUGACGCCACAUCGCUCUUUCUCUUUCACCCUGGCCUCCUGCUGGGCCCUCCCCUGGGUCGGCAUCCCUGUGGCCACUCCUGCCACGGCCCGCUGCUGUGGGGCCUGAGCUCCAGGCAGCUCCUGUCUGCUGCUGCAAGCAGGCCCCCAAGGUGCAUGGUGAGGAGACCCUCAGGCUAGAGAUGAGCAAGAGAGCAGUGGGAGAGCAGACUGUGGGAAGGCAGAUGGGGUCCACACACAGAGCCCUCCCCACCACAUGCACGCACAGGCGACCCCUGCUCUGCUCCGACAGAGGGCGCUGGGACUGGGGAAGGUCAGCCACAGCAGCCCUGGCAUUGACUGAAGAGCUGCCUGCCCGGCUCGCUGCCCUGGUGGCCGCUGAAUUCUCCCAACGCCCCAGGAGAGCAGGUGCUGUGGUCCCAUGACCGCUCCCCCAUAUGGAUGAAGGGGUGGUGCACAGGCCGGUGGAGCCUGGGAGAGCCAGAUGCAGUCUGUGUCUCCCCCACAGCAUGUGGCCAGCACGGGGCUGAGGUCCUGUACAGCUGCCAGGGCCUGACUCUCUCAAUCAGUAAACCAGUAGUCUACGGGCCAACGGCUUCAGACACAGAGGAACAAGCGCAGGUUCCGCUCCCUCAAUCACUAAGCAACGGGCCAGGCACUGGCAGCUUAGGACAGAGAGGCAACAAGGGUAGACCCCACCUGGAAGGCUGACCAGUGGCUGGGCUGUGGCCAGCCUAGGAGAGUGCAGCCCAGCUCGAGGGAGGCACCACUUCUGCCCCUCAGAGCACUGAGCAGAGCCCCCCGUGGCAUCACCCACCCUGGGUACAGCAGGAGGAGCUUCUGACCAAGUCUGGCACCUCAGCGUGUCCCGAGAGCUGUCUGGGCACAGGUCGCAGGGCUGCCCGGGCCAGACAGGGCAUCUGUGUUUCUCAGUGUGGCCUCAGGGGCUCCGGUGGCUUUGACCGAGGCCCUGGGGGACAGAAUGCAGCUUCCUGCUCCUCGCUUUUCCUUAGAAAGAGGCUGCCUCCCAGGACGGGGAUUGCAUCAGUCACAGACCCGUGGCCUCCAUGCUCCGGGGGCUGCUGUCCCGGCUGCUUCGGGGUGGGCUCUGUCUUGCACACAGCGAGUGGCUUCAUCACCUUCCUUUUCAAUUGGAGCUGAGUGUUGGCAACAUUCAGAUAACUGGGGCACACAGGUCUUUUGUGUUGGAUUUUCUGGACACUUGCCUCGAUUUUCCAUUCCACUUGGCCUUUGUGCAGGAAGGAGCAGCCCAUUGUCUCCCCUGAGCCCGUUCCCUUUGAAGGUGCCCGUCCCACGAUAGUGGGGCCGCCUCACGGAGCAUGUGUGGCUGUGACUUUAGGAGGGUUCUGGGUUGAGAAUUCCGAAAGGGCUUUGCUUAGGCCUAGCUUUGGGUCUUUGGGCUCCUGACGCAAGCAUUUUACUUCCAGGCAUUGGUGGUCUGGCCUCAGGAGGCCACAGCUGCAGUGAGCCGUGCGCGAGCCACUGCACCAUCCUGGGUAACAGAGUCAGACCCCAUCUCUAACGGCCAAAAACAGUUAUUGUAAGGGUUUCAGGUCUCUGAGCCCAUGAACCUGCCCAGGCCCUGCAGAGCCACACCCACUCGCCCGGGUCUAUGGCCACGGCCGGAGAGUGGUCCUGUGUGCGCUGCACCUUCCUGAACCCGGCCGGCCAGCGUCAGUGCUCCAUCUGUGAGGCCCCCCGGCACAAGCCCGACCUCAACCACAUCCUGCGGCUCAGCGUGGAGGAGCAGAAAUGGCCCUGCGCCCGCUGCACCUUCCGCAACUUCCUGGGCAAGGAGGCCUGCGAGGUGUGCGGCUUCACCCCAGAGCCUGCACCUGGAGCUGCCCUCCUGCCAGUCCUCAACGGAGUCCUCCCCAAGCCACCCGCCAUCCUUGGGGAGCCCAAGGGCAGCUGCCAGGAGGAAGCAGGUCCAGUGAGGACUGCGGGGCUGGUGGCUACGGAGCCCGCCAGGGGGCAACACAAGGACAAGGACGAGGAGGAGCAGGAGAAACAGGAGGAGGAGGAGGGGCCGGCGGAGCCCAGAGGGAGCUGGGCCUGCCCACGUUGCACGCUGCACAACACGCCUGUGGCCAGCUCCUGCUCUGUCUGCGGGGGCCCACGCAGGCUCUCGCUGCCACGGAUCCCUCCUGAAGCCCUGGUGGUCCCGGAAGUGGUGGCCCCGGCCGGCUUCCACGUCGUGCCUGCCGCACCUCCACCUGGCCUUCCUGGGGAAGGCGCCGAGGCCAACCCCCCAGCCACCAGCCAGGGUCCAGCUGCUGAGCCAGAGCCGCCCAGGGUCCCGCCCUUCAGCCCCUUCUCGUCCACCCUGCAGAACAACCCCGUGCCACGCAGCCGACGUGAGGUUCCCCCCCAGCUGCAGCCGCCGGUGCCUGAGGCUGCCCAGCCAUCACCCUCUGCCGGCUGCCGGGGACCCCCCCAGGGCUCGGGCUGGGCUGCGGCCGCCCGCCUAGCAGAGUUGCUGUCUGGCAAGCGGCUGAGUGUGCUGGAGGAAGAGGCCAUGGAGGGCGGCUCCAGCCGCGUAGAGGCCGGCAGCUCCACCUCGGGCAGCGACGUCAUCGACCUGACCGGAGACAGCGUGCGUUACACGCCCGCCAGCCCCUCCAGCCCUGACUUCACCACCUGGUCAUGUGCCAAGUGCACGCUCAGGAACCCCACGGCGGCCCCCAGGUGCUCGGCCUGUGGCUGCUCCAAACUGCACGGCUUCCAAGAGCACGGCGAGCCCCCCACCCACUGCCCUGACUGCGGGGCGGACAAGCCGGGCCCCUGUGGCAGAGGCUGUGGACGGGUCUCCACGACCCAGAAGGCCACCCGUGUGCUGCCCGAGCGCCCGGGCCAGUGGGCCUGCCCUGCCUGUACACUGCUCAACGCACCACGGGCCAAGCACUGCGCUGCCUGCCACACGCCUCAGCUCCUGGUGACCCAGCGGCGGGGGGCCGCGCCCCUGAGGCGCAGGGAGAGCAUGCACGUGGAGCAGCGGCGGCAGACAGAUGAAGGCGAGGCCAAGGCGCUCUGGGAGAACAUCGUGGCCUUCUGCCGGGAGAACAACGUGAGCUUUGUGGAUGACAGCUUCCCUCCCGGGCCUGAGUCUGUGGGCUUCCCCGCGGGCGACAGCGUGCAGCAGCGCGUGAGGCAGUGGCUGCGGCCCCAGGAGAUCAACUGCUCCGUCUUCAGGGACCACAGGGCUACGUGGUCUGUGUUCCACACACUGCGACCCUCAGACAUUCUGCAGGGGUUGCUGGGGAACUGCUGGUUCCUAAGCGCCCUGGCGGUGCUGGCAGAGCGGCCGGACCUGGUGGAGCGGGUGAUGGUCACGCGCAGCCUGUGUGCAGAGGGCGCCUACCAGGUGCGGCUGUGUAAGGAUGGCACGUGGACCACGGUGCUGGUGGAUGACAUGCUGCCCUGCGAUGAGGCCGGCUGCCUCCUCUUCUCACAGGCGCAGCGGAAGCAGCUGUGGGUGGCCCUCAUCGAGAAGGCACUGGCCAAGCUGCAUGGCUCCUACUUCGCGCUCCAGGCGGGCCGUGCCAUCGAAGGCCUGGCCACGCUCACCGGCGCCCCCUGCGAGAGCCUGGCGCUGCAGGUCAGCUCCACUAACCCCCGCGAGGAGCCUGUUGACACUGACCUCAUCUGGGCCAAAAUGCUGAGUUCUAAGGAGGCUGGGUUCCUCAUGGGUGCCUCCUGUGGCGGGGGCAACAUGAAGGUGGACGAUUCGGCUUACGAGAGCCUGGGCCUGCGCCCCCGCCAUGCCUACUCCAUCCUGGAUGUUCGAGAUGUCCAGGGCACCAGGCUUCUGCGGCUCCGAAACCCAUGGGGCCGUUUCUCCUGGAAUGGCAGCUGGUCUGACGAGUGGCCGCACUGGCCGGGUCACCUGCGUGGCGAGCUCAUGCCACACGGCAGCAGUGAGGGCGUCUUCUGGAUGGAGUAUGGCGACUUUGUCAGGUACUUCGACUCUGUGGACAUCUGUAAGGUGCACUCGGAUUGGCAGGAGGCGCGGGUGCAGGGCUGCUUUCCCAGCUCGGCCAGUGCACCCGUGGGGGUGACAGCGCUCACGGUGCUGGAGCGGGCCUCGCUGGAGUUCGCACUCUUCCAGGAGGGCAGCAGGCGCUCGGACGCAGUGGACAGCCACCUGCUGGACCUGUGCAUCCUGGUGUUCCGGGCCACGUUCGGCAGCGGUGGCCACCUCAGCCUGGGCCGCCUCCUGGCCCACAGUAAGCGCGCGGUCAAGAAGUUUGUCAGCUGCGACGUCAUGCUGGAGCCUGGCGAGUACGCAGUGGUGUGCUGCGCCUUCAACCACUGGGGGCCGCCCCCGCCGGGCGCCCCUGCCCCCCAGGCCUCCAGCCCCUCGGCAGGGGUCCCAAGAGCCUCCCCAGAGCCGCCGGGCCACGUGCUGGCUGUGUACAGCUCCAGGCUGGUCAUGGUGGAGCCUGUGGAAGCUCAGCCCACCACGCUGGCCGACGCCAUCAUCUUGCUCACCGAGAGCCGCGGAGAGCGGCACGAGGGCCGUGAGGGCAUGACCUGCUACUACCUGACACACGGCUGGGCGGGGCUCAUCGUGGUGGUGGAGAAUCGGCACCCAAAGGCCUACCUGCACGUGCAGUGUGACUGCACCGACAGCUUCAACGUGGUGUCCACACGUGGCAGCCUGCGCACCCAGGAUAGCGUGCCACCCCUGCACAGGUGCACCCCCACCCCGCCCCCACCCCUGCACAGGCAGGUCCUGGUGAUCCUGUCCCAGCUGGAGGGCAAUGCUGGCUUCUCCAUCACCCACCGCCUGGCACAUCGCAAGGCAGCCCAGGCCUUUCUCAGUGACUGGACAGCCUCCAAGGGGACCCACAGCCCCCCACUCACGCCAGAAGUCGCCGGUCUGCAUGGGCCCCGGCCGUUGUGACCACCAUGCCCGGGGCAGGGGCUGUGGCAGACGGACCCCCACCCCCCACACGCACUUUAUGAGGGAGACCCCGACAGAGGACGCUUGAACCAGAAUCUCAGGACCCUGCCCAGGGAGCUGCCAGCCCAGUGCGCAGCUUCCCAUGGGCCUCCCGCCCCCUCCCUCCCCUCCCUGAGCACCCACAGCCCGCCUGGCCAGGCCUCCCGGCCACCACGCAGAAUACCUCGAACCAGACGGGCUGUGAACCAGCCCCACUCACCUGCCAGCCCCAACACCCGACGGGGGGCCGAGGCCAGGCUGCCCCUCCCUGUGGACUCACAGUCUCCUGUGGGGGAGGCAGCCAAGAGCUCUGUCCGCAAAACCAAAUCUGGGUGGGAUCAGGGACGACCCCUCAUGGGGCAUAAGAUCAGUUUUCCCCCAGAGCCCGGGUCCCUGUUCCCCACGGGGCAAGCGGGGUCCCUGGAGCCCUGGUGUGGAGUGGGAAGUCCCAGGGCGGUCCCUGUCUCAGAAGGAGGGGCCCUUGGCCAGCCACCCCGCAGCGACACUAUGCAAUUGCGCCCGCCAGGAUCGAAGCCAUGACCGGGUGCAGGCGGGCGCCAGACCCGCUGUGGGUGGGCACCAGUUCUCAGCACCGCUCACUGCUGCGGCGCAGGCCAGGACCAGCAGGCUCCUCAGCCAACCCUGUCCCUUGGCCCGGCCCUGCCACAGAGAGGGACCCCAGUCCAUCAUGGACGUCGGCAGGGCUCAGCCGGUCCCACCUCCCCACAGAAGCCCAGGAGCGUGUGGACGUCUGAGUCCAGCUUCCUGCGUCCCCACCUGGCCCUCCUGGCCCCUCACCCCCAGGCAGCGGGCCAGCCCCGCCCCCACUCCCCCUCGUACCCUGGCAGGGGCUUCCGGGGCUGUUACACCUGGAGAAACAUUCCCACUCCCCUUUGGCCUCCCUGUACUCUGAGCUGUGAAUAUUUUUAACCCUGUAAAUAUGGCCAGCUCUUGCGACACAGAGACUAUUUUAUCAACUGUCAGCACCGUUCCUUUACGAUAGGAUUCUCCACAGUGGCUUCCGACUCAGGCUCCAAUGGACCAAAUAAAAGCGUUUUGUUUUGUAA